UGUUCUGCAUGAGAAGUUUAGAAUUUAUACAGCAUGAAAUACCUCCGUACAUCUUGGGAAAAGAUUUUGACAUGGCAACUAUUAAAGUGAUAGUUCUAGCUUGUUUGGUUAGUCCCUCUUUGGCCAAGAUAAAUGCAGACAUUCUCGCUGGUGAGUUAAACAGAGUAAUGGAGGAUAUCGGCUACAAAGAACUGCAGGACCAUUUUAAUCGCCUUGAGUACACAACAUUUCCAAUAGACUACUCGACAGUUACACAAAAGGUAGCCGAUUCGAUCACUGCAAAGUUCAGGGAGAUGGAAGAAGCACUGCAUCUUUUAAGGACAAACAUUGAACAGGACUUUCUUUCGUUCUCUUCAAAAAGAACAACACGCGAGUGUUGUGAAAACGUUGAAUACAAAUACGAAAACCGUUUUCGUGCAAAGGUGGAUUUUGAUUCAAUGUGUGUUACAACUUCUGGAAUAUCGUCUCGUGAAAAGAAAUAUCCGACAAAUAAUGGUAUCUUAAACACAAUGGAAUCUAAUCAUAAAAAGAACCCAAGUCUUUUAUGGCAAUAUGUAGGAUUUGAGAACGGAAUCCUGAUCAACUACCCUGCUACGAAACUAUCUCACUGUAGCUCGUAUGACCCAAGGUUCAGGCCGUUUUAUAAGGAAGGCGUAUCUCCUAUGCCGAAAGAAGUCGUUAUUGCAGUGGAUGCAUCUAAAUCUAUGACUGGAGUUCGUUUUCAAAAGGCUAAGGAUGCUGUCCACAGGGUGCUCGAGUCAUUGGGUAGCACUGACAGGAUCGGUAUUGUAAUGUUUAAUGAAAAAGCAUAUAGACCAGAAAAGGAUGUUCAGCCAUGUUACGGAAGAAACCUAGCUGUAGUCACACAAAAAACUAAAGCGGUUUUACGAUCGUUCGUAAACUCACAAACUACCAAAGGAAACACAAACUACAGUCUGGCUUUUGAGGCAGCAUUCAAUUAUUUCAUGAGCUCAGGCAACACAAUAACAGCCUCAGACAAAGUGAUCCUGUUUGUGUCUGAUGGCGACAACUUAGAUGGUGACAACGCCUUGACGGUCAUUCGCGAUCGCAACGAACAGCUCGGGAACUCGGUUGUCAUCCAUACAUUCGCAAUUGGGUCUUUAUCCGAUUCAGCAGAAUCUUUGCUCAGAAAUAUUUCAAAACAGACGAAAAAUAACGAUGACCAUGGAGCAACUCAGACUGGACGAUAUCAGAGAGUAACAAACUUGAAUCAUCUUCCAGAAGCUGUAGGAUCGUUCUAUUCAUACUCAAACAACGCCAUUUCUCCGAAACCAAUUUUCACAAAACCUUACGUUGAUUUCUUCUCCAACAUUGGACUCAUUGUGUCUAUGUGCCUUCCCUGUACAUCCAAUAGUAAUUUCAUAGGGGUUGUUUGUACUGACAUUAAACUAAAGGAUCUGGUCGAGGACACUACGUACUUACAACAAGGGGAGGACACGUACUCCUUCGUCAUAGACGGGACUGGGCGAACUUUAAUCCAUCCAUUACUUCCAGACCCAAGGGAUAGCAACGCAAACGAAUACGAUGUUGACGAUAUUGAUAAUUUUGAAACCGGAGGAAAUGUCAAAGAAGUGAUUGAAUCUAUGAAAUUAGGACUUGCAGGGAUUAAAGAGAUUAAUACAACUGUGGCACAAGUUCGAGGUAAACUUCUGAUGGAGGGUGAUAAGCGAACACGUAUGAGGGUUAUUUACCAAUGGCAACAGAUCAAACAGACUAAUUUUUCACUGUGCAUUGUGUUUCCAAAAUAUGCCGUAAACAGGAUUUUGCGAGAUCUUCCUCCGAGUCAUACUGCUUUUUUAUAUCAUCGAUGGGAUAUCGCAAGUUGGCCAGGAGAAAAAUGUAAACAAUUCGCAAGAUAUGCAACUACAGAGUCAUCUGUAGUCAAACUUACCCCUGAAGCAUUUUUAAAUCCAACUGCCUAUUUGGAUACUGCAGAAACAAAAAGCAGUGUUAAAAUUAUGACUGAUUUUAUUUCUGGCGAUAGAUCUACCAAUCCCGGAAUAAAGAUCGCUGCUUUAAAUUCAAUCUUGGCGACAGAGAAAGUUGAUAGCAUAUGGAAAAACAAUCAACGUAAAACCCAUUUUAUACUAUGGCGAUUUCUAGCCACAGAGGCGGGCGUUGUCAGAAUUUACCCUGGGGUAAGACUCCAGCAGUCAUACGAUCAUAAACUACGAGAAUGGUAUCGGAGAACAAUAGCAAAUUGUAACAUCAAUGUAAUAUCAGCUCCCUACAACGACCACUGGGGAGCUGGCAAAGUGAUUUCAAUAAGCAGAACAAUACAUAUUAAACGGAAAGGGGAUCACUCUCAUGGCGAAAAAGUCGAGGCGGUCAUUGCUGGUGAUAUCUCAGUAUUUUAUUUUCACCAGUUAAUCUUGAAGAUGUACAACGUUUGUAAUGAAAGAAAAUAUGUAUGUAUGGUCAUCGAUAACAGCGGUUUUCUAGUUAUGCACCCAGGUUUCGUAGAAUCCAAAGGGCUUUAUUUUGAAGAUCGGUUAUUUCACAUUACGAAUUUGGAAGGGAUCAUCGCAAAAUCACUUAUUAAGGAAAACAUAAUGUUUAAACAACCCUGCCUGUCUGUUGAGAGUCAGAAAGAGCAAAUGACAUACCGAGUGGUUUUAACUUUUUUCAAUGUGAACGGACUUGAUAGGAUGGAUAGAGAAGGAUAUGAAAUUCGUCCAAUCCGGAACACAAAUCUAUUCUUUAUUCUCAAAAUAAAAAAGAAUAUUAAAGAUGACCAAUGCUGUUCCGCUAAGAACUCAGAAAAAUCACCUAACGUGGUCAGAUGCACAUCAGCUCCGUGCGAUUGUCUAUGUUACAGACCAGUAAACUACAACGAAUGUGAAAAUAAAUAUAAUGCAACAGAAAAGCAUAUACCAUGCAGUGCCGCUCCUCCUGUUCUGAUGACGAAUUCAAUCAAAGAGGACAAUCUGAUAAGAAACUUACCUGCAUGUUUUGAUAUUGAUUGCAGUUGCAAAGAUAAUCAACUAGACUGCUAUAAUGUAUCCGGAUGUUCCUGGUGUUCAGUGAGCAUGUCAGGUGACCUACUUGAGAACCCGUUCUGCGAUUCACAAGAAACAUGUCCUGUUCAAGUUUGUCAUUCUAAAAACUGUGAACAAAAGUGUGAUGCAUUUGAUGACCUUGGAAAAUCAAAAUCCAACACUGCUGUCAUAAUUGUCGUGUGUAUUCUACUGAUUUUCUUAUCGAGUUUAAUACUGUUUCUAAUUUGCUUGAGACGGUUUAAACAACAAAAACUAAAUAAAAAGCACAAUGAAGCGUACCUUGAUCCGGCCAUAGAUAACUAUCCAGAGGUAGUAAGGUACAAUGGAAAUAGAGCACAGAUAGACGAUGGUCACCAAGAGAAGAAGGCACAAAUUGGGAGGCGUUUGCCCGCGCAUCCUCCGGUUGAAAACGAAACAGAUGGUGUCAUUUACACAGUUUCUAACUCUGUUGUCCCAGACACGGGCGUAUCAUGAAUGUGAGACAGACAGUUCGUUAAUUGUUUUUUAAAAUAAAAUUAUUUUGUGAAUAAAAAUUUUAUAUAAUA